AGAAAAUAAUUUCACCUCAUCGUUUGAAUCUUGUGGUUACUAUCUAGUCAAUACAACGGAUAUAGGACAGAGUUGUAUCAUUUUACGUUAAACAAUCUGUCGGGGUAACGCGAAAACAAGCACCGUACAUGCUUUGUUCGCAUCGUAACAGUUACAAGUAGCGGUACAUAGAUUGGUGGUUACGAAAAUCAAACAGCGUCGGUAUUCUAUUACAAAAUGUCACGGAAACCAGAAAUGCAGAUCCAAAACGCACCGGGGGAUGUGAUAUCGGCUGUUAAAUUUUCUCCCCAAGGAAACAAGUUUCUGCUCGUUGCUUCGUGGGAUUCCUGUGUUCGCCUGUACGAUGUGGUCACCAAUUCCUUGCGACACAAAUUUUACCAUUCGUCACCAGUGCUGGACUGCGCAUUUUUGGACGCCAUGAAGACGGUCAGCGGUGGCUUGGACAAUAUUGUUAAGAUGUACGAUCUCAAUACUCACGCGGAAAACGUGCUCGGUAGUCACAAUGCGGGUGUCAAGUGUGUCGAAAGCUGCAAAAUGCUAAACGCAAUUCUUACCGGCAGCUGGGAUAAGUCGGUUAAGCUGUGGGACUUGCGCGAGAAAGAGUGUGUUGGCACGUAUGAGCAGAGCAACGGCAAGGUGUACUCGAUGAGCUGCAUCGACGAGAAGCUGGUGGUAGCCACCUCCGAGCGCAAGGUGCUGAUCUGGGAUUUGCGCAACAUGGUAAACUACCUCGAGCGUCGCGAAUCGUCGCUCAAGUAUCAGACGCGUUCCGUGCGCUGCUUCCCCAACAAAGAGGGCUACGUGAUGAGCUCGAUCGAGGGCCGGGUUGCGGUGGAGUACUUCGACCCGAACCCGGAGGUGCAAAAGAAGAAGUUUGCCUUCAAGUGCCACCGAGCGAAGGAAGGGGACAUCGAACUCAUCUAUCCCGUCAAUGCGAUCAGUUUCCACAGCGUGUACAACACGUUUGCCACCGGCGGCUCGGACGGGUACGUCAACAUCUGGGAUGGGUUCAACAAGAAGCGGCUGUGUCAGUUUCAUCUGUACGAUAGCUCUAUUUCGAGCCUCUGCUUUAGCGACGAUGGAAGCACCCUAGCGAUCGCCUGUUCGUACAUGGACGAAGCGGAAACACCGCCAGAUCCGUACCCCAAACCGACGCUCUACGUGCGUUACGUCAACGAGCAGGAAACACGUCCGAAGUAGAGCGUAGUCAGCACAUACACGACCAAUCAAUGUAAGACUCAAUGAAUAUAUUAUCACACACUUUACCGUUCCGUUCGCUAAUCAAUGUCGGAUGGCUUUACGUUAAAUGUUUGUGCUUUAGAUUAUAUCACUCAGAGAAGAUGAUGAACAUCCGACAUAUGAUUUAUAUUAACGUAUUAUUUAUCCUAUCGCCCAUUUGCCAGCGAGUUGAAUUAAAACCAGAUAUCGCGAUCUCUCUUUUAAAACAUUUAAAAAAACUGAACUAGUGAACUGAUCUAAAAUACAUUUAGACUUUAGCUAGAUUACGUUGUUACUUACCACGUAAUGUGACAUGUGCGUGAAUCUCAAACCCAUGUAACAAAAAAGGAAUAAACGAUCAGACAUAUAAAAUAAUAUGCUGUC